AUGGCUGAAUACCACCGGAAAAUAGAACUCCAAUCGCCGGAUGACCUUCAGUACUUGAUCGCGAACGUCCGACGCGCCGCGCAUGAGAAAAUUGACAGAGAUUUACCGCCUAUAGAAGGCGAGGACAAGAUGCGACGACGGGUUGAGGAAUUGGUUCAAGAAUACAUCUCCCAGGUAUUCCACAGCACGGCCCCAAACCUGACGAUCAACGGGCUAUCGCCGACCCGCGAGCAGCUAGAUUCCAUGCUCACGGCGCCGGGAAACACACGCAGCAUCGAGGAAUACGAGCCCUUCAACCCGAAGCUGUGGGAGCGGGCGAAGGAGCUGGCGCGGCAGGAAGAAGAUCUGAUUGAGGAGAUAGCGGCGCUGAGGAGGAAGAUGCCCGGGGUAGCGGUGGAGGGCGUGAAGAACGCGUUCAAGGAGGGGAUGGAGGGGGAUGAGAAGGUGUUGAGGGAGAGGUUGGAGGGGGUCAGGAAACGCGAGAGUGGGUCUGGAUUGGGGGUGGGCAAGAUGGAGAGGCAGGAGGAGGUGGAGAGGGGGUGGGAGAAGGGUGUUCAGGGUUUGGGACGUUUGAAGAGGACGAUGCCGGAAAUGGUGGCGAAGAAGGAGAGAGCGGAUCGCGCAGAAGAGUAUGUGCUGGAGACGAAAUAG